AUGGCUGACCAAAACCAUUACUGGACGGUGUUGCCGAGCUACAAAACUAGUUUUGUUACCGGAGCCAUGAUGAAAAGGACUAAAGGAGCCCGCAACAACAAGAGAAGGAGUUUGGCGGUCGGGACCCCUUCGCCCACACUCUCACGACCGCUUUCACCUCUCCCACUUGCCACAGCUGGCAACAGCCCGUCAGAAAGCCCCAGAAAUGUUUCUGCCAGCAGCUCUGCUAACUUCCAGUUUGCCCGCAGCCAUCUGGUCCGUACUGAGAGCAGAGGAGAUGGCCGAAGAUGGUCUGUGGCAUCAGUUCCCUCCUCUGGAUACUGCACCAAUGCACCCAGUUCAUCAGUAUCUUCGUCAUCUUCCCAGGAGCUCCUGCACCAGCUGCCCCUUCAGCCGACACAAGAUGAUCUCCACUUCCUAUUUAAACAUUUCCGGAGUACGGAAUGUGUGGCAGAUGAAGAGGGACCGCAUGUGUCCCCUCCUGUCAGGAUCCGCUCGCGUAGUCUCAGCCCCGGACGAACCUGUGGAACAUUUGACAAUGAGAUUGUCAUGAUGAAUCAUGUUUAUAAAGAACGCUUUCCAAAGGCAACUGCACAGAUGGAAGGUAGACUUCUGGACAUCAUUGAAGAGUGUUCGCCUGGAACUGCUCUGCCCCUGGCCGAUGGUGUUCUCGGGUUCAUCCAGCAUCAGCUGGUGGAACUGGUGCGAGACUGCCUGGACAAGUCCCAGAAAGGCUUGGUCACCUCUCGGUACUUUGUGGAGCUGCAGGAGAAGCUGGAAAAGCUGCUGCAUGAGGCUUAUGAACGUUCAGAAAGUGAGGAAGUGACCACCAUUACAAAAUUGGUGAAGAAGAUCCUCAUCAUCAUCUCCAGGCCUGCAAGGCUCCUAGAAUGUCUGGAGUUUGAUCCCGAGGAGUUCUACCAACGUUUGGAGACGGCAGAAGGUCAAGCCAAGGUGAGCCAGGGUAUCAAGACUGAUAUUCCUAGAUACAUCGUCAGCCAGCUCGGGCUCACAAGGGAUCCACUUGAAGAAAUGGUCCAACUGGAACAAACAAGCCCAAGUCACAGAUCUGCCAGCAGAGAAUCUGAUGAGUCUGGAGAUGCAACACCAACACAGACCCGCGCAGUUUGCACUCCCCCGCGUAGGAAACCACUGGAGAGUGAUUUUGAAACCAUCAAGUUGAUUAGCAAUGGAGCCUACGGAGCUGUAUUUCUAGUACGUCACAGGGAAACCCGGCAACGCUUUGCCAUGAAGAAAAUCAACCGGCAGAACCUGAUUUUGAGAAACCAGAUCCAGCAAGUGUUUGUGGAGCGAGACAUUCUGACCUUUGCUGAAAACCCAUUCGUGGUUUCCAUGUUUUGUUCUUUUGAAACACGCCGGCACCUUUGCAUGGUCAUGGAAUAUGUAGAAGGUGGCGAUUGCGCAAAUCUAUUGAAGAACAUUGGUCCUCUGCCUGUGGACAUGGCACGCAUGUAUUUCGCCGAAACAGUCCUGGCUUUAGAGUACCUUCACAACUACGGCAUUGUACACAGAGACCUCAAACCUGACAAUUUGUUAAUCACCUCCAUGGGGCACAUCAAGCUAACGGACUUUGGGCUGUCAAAGAUCGGCCUGAUGAACAUGACAACUAAUUUGUAUGAAGGUCACAUCGAAAAGGACACGAGAGAGUUCAUCGACAAGCAGGUGUGUGGUACCCCAGAGUACAUUGCUCCAGAGGUGAUCUUGAGGCAGGGCUAUGGGAAGCCUGUGGACUGGUGGGCUAUGGGCAUUAUCCUCUAUGAGUUCCUUGUGGGCUGUGUGCCAUUCUUUGGAGAUACACCAGAACAGCUUUUUGGUCAGGUGGUCAAUGAUGAUAUCAUCUGGCCUGAGGGGGAAGAUGCUUUGCCAGCUGACGCCCAAGACCUUAUCACCAGACUACUUCGUCAGAGUCCGCUGGAGCGCCUGGGAACAGCUGGAACUACGGAAGUGAAGAUGCAUAUGUUCUUUGUGGGUCUUGACUGGAAUGGCCUUCUGAGGCAAAAAGCAGAGUUCAUACCACAACUGGAGACUGACGAGGACACUAGUUAUUUUGAUACCCGAUCUGAGCGCUACUCUCACCUCGGCUCUGAUGAUGAUGAAACUAAUGACGAUGAAUCAUCUCUUGAACUGCGACAGUUCUCUUCUGUGGCCCAUCGCUUCAGCAAAGUUUACAGCAGCACAGAGCACUUGUCCACCUCCACACCAUCCAACCCGAGCUUGUCUUCUUCGGAGAGGAGCCAUAGUGAAGAGAAGGAGGAUCGAUGGGAAGGCAGAUGUGCCUUUUCCCCUGGUGACGGACACAAGCACCUGGCUAGCGGAGACAGACCAGAUGGACUCAGGGGAAGUUUGCGUCCACGUGCUUCCUCCAGUUCGUCCCAGUCAGAGCGCAGUGCGAGCCCGUUAGUGUUAAACAGCACUCAGAGCCUUGACAUGAUGCCUCGAUUUGCCAUCUCUGCGGAGGAGGAGGAUGGCGUGGUCUCGAAUCUGCGACGCAUCCGUCUGCGCAGCAACAGCACCGGCACCAGACCGUCAUUCCGCAGAGGCGCGUCCAGACGCAUCGCCCACCAACUUGAUACCCCGGAAAAACCCAGGCCUCCAGCUGGAAAAGUCCCCAAGUCUGCCUCAGUCUCAGGACUUUCCCUCAUUAUCACCCCAGAUGACUCAGCGGGGCCUCCUUCCAGCCCCAAGUCGUCUUUAUCGCUGUCAUCCAACCCGUCGUCCAGGGACUCCUCCCCCAGCCGUGAUCUUUCCAUCAACAUCAGCUGCCUCAGGCCUCCGGUGGUCAUCCACAGCUCUGGGAAGAGGUUUGGCUUCGCUUUGCGAGCCAUCAGAGUCUACAUGGGAGACACUGAUGUCUACACAGUUCACCACAUGGUCUGGUGUGUGGAGGAGAGCAGCCCAGCGCACGAGGCAGGAUUAAGAGCCGGUGACCUCAUCACUCAUGUCAACGGGGAAUCUGUACAGGGUCUUGUGCACACUGAGGUGGUAGAGCUUCUUCUCAAGAGUGGCAAUCGGGUGACCCUUCAAACCACGGCUUUGGAAAACACUUCCAUCAAAGUGGGUCCUGCCAGAAAGACUAGCGCCAAGGCUAAGAUGGCUCGACGCAGCAAAAGAAGCAAGAGGAGAGAUGGGCAGGAUAGCCGGCGGCGUAACAUCUUGAAGAAGCUGUCCAAACAUACGCCGCCUCCACCGAUGCAAAGCAGUCGUAGCUUCUCUUCCGGGUUCCACCAGUCAUCCAGCGACAGCCUCUCCGGAUCCCCCACUCAGUCACUCUCCCCCGGACCGUCCACUCCUUGUCGCUCCCCUGCUCCUGACCACUCGGGAGAUUCAAGUUCCUCCCCGUGCUCCAGCUCGCCCAACUCGCCAGUACCUCAAGCCCGUCCCAGCUCUCUUCACGUCCUGGGCCGCUACACCAAGGCAGGUCGCUGCAAGUCCACCAGCAGCAUCCCGCCAUCCCCUCUGGCUUGCAUCCCGCCGCCCCAGCCGCUGUCUCCUCAGUGCUCUCCCUCCUGCCUUCCCAGCCACCCCAAAUCUUUGCAGGGUUUUCACGGCAAAACGCUGUCCCCUCCAACUAUAGCCCGCCAUUCUGUACGCCCCCGCAGCGCGGAGCCACCGCGAUCGCCGCUCCUCAAGAGAGUGCAGUCGGCCGAGAAGCUGACCGGCGACAAAGCAACCGGCGGUUAUCACUGCGAGCGGAAACCUUACGGCACUCGCAGACACACCAUGGAGGUUCCACUGUCCGAAGGCGAAGACGCGGAGGAGGACACCGCCACCGGGUUUGUAUGUGUGGGCGAACAUGGCCGCCAAGGCCUGUACGAGCACCACCGUUCCACCGCCUCGCCGCAACACCGCGGUGCCAACCACCACUCCGCAGAGGUGGUGGUGAUGCGGAAGUUGGCCCUGUCAGAGCGCCGGGACUCUUUCAAAAAACAGGAGGCCGUGCAGGAAGUGAGUUUCGACGAUUUGGAUGAACGCGAGGCGGCGCUCUCUGCCUCUCCACCCAAAAUCGACACCAAGCAGAAGGUGGGAGGAAAAAACACACGGGAUACAGCGGUGCAACAGAAAGCCAAGUCGAAAGAUAAAGAACAGUUUUAA